AUAAACUCACUGGUCUGUCACAGGGUCAAGACGUAAUCGAGGCGGCCCAAGAAAACCUGCAGUAGACUCCGCGAGUACUCGAGCAGAAGAUCUCCAAGUAAAUCGUUUGUCCCCGAUGUACGCUGACCCGCCCAGCAACCUACAAGUCGAGGUGUUUGAACCAAUGCCAGAUGACGCAAGAAAAGUCAUGCUAGCUACAAACAUCGCAGAGACGUCGAUUACCAUCGAGGGUGUGGGCUUCGUUAUCGAUUCCGGGUUUGUCAAGCAAAAUUCGUAUAUCCUUGCACCGGCAUGCCUUCCUUGAUCGUGGUUCCGUGUUCUCGAGGAUCAGCCAACCAAAGAGCCGGUCAGCCAGGUCG